UUUCUCUCGACAAAAUUCCAGAUAAAAAAGGUGGGAUUUACUAGUUCGUAGGCUCGACAAACUAACGGCGGCCGGUGCUUAUCAGGAAAUUGGAUACUAUCCAGCGACUUGAAGCUUAAAUCCCAAAAUCGCAACUCCCGUCGCCGGAAUCUACUUUCUUCUCCCUCCGUCUCGCUUGCGAAGAGGCGUCGGUUUCAACUACAAAUGGAGCAGCCACAAAACGGGAACGCGAACGACAACUCGGCGCCUCCUCCACCGGAGACCGAGGAGCCGGCCGUCGGCCCUGCACCGCCUCCUAAAGCUCGCACCAAGCGUCCUCUCCAGUUCGAGCAUGCUUACCUCGACGCUCUUCCCUCAGCAAAUAUGUAUGAGAAAAGUUAUAUGCAUCGAGAUGUGGUGACGCAUGUUGCUGUUUCAGCAGCAGAUUUUUUCAUCACUGGAAGUCUUGAUGGUCACUUGAAAUUCUGGAAGAAAAAAUCGAUUGGUAUUGAAUUUGCAAAACAUUUCAGAUCCCAUCUUGGUCCCAUAGAAGGCUUAGCGGUUAGCAUUGAUGGUUUGCUUUGUUGCACGAUAUCAAGUGAUCAAUCCGUCAAGAUCUAUGAUGUGGUGAAUUAUGACAUGAUGGUCAUGCUUAGCUUGCCAUAUCUUCCUGGGAGUGUUGAAUGGGUUUAUGAACAAGGAGAUGUGAAAGCCAAGCUUGCAAUCAGUGAUCGAAACUCCUCAUUUGUUCACAUAUAUGAUGCACGAGCCGGUACAAAUGAACCUAUUAUCUCGAGAGAGAUUCACAUGGGGCCAGUCAAAGUUAUGAAGUACAACCCAGUUUACGAUUCUGUGAUAUCUGCUGAUAUGAAGGGAAUAAUUGAAUAUUGGAGUCCUUCUACACUUCAGUUUCCAGAGGAUGAGGUGAAUUUUAAAUUAAAAACUGAUACAAACUUAUUCGAAAUUGUGAAAUGCAAAACAAGUGUUUCAGCUAUUGAGGUCAGCCCAGAUGGUAAGCAAUUCUCAAUUACGUCACCUGAUCGCAGGAUACGAGUCUUUUGGUUCAGAACGGGUAAACUAAGACGAGUUUAUGAUGAAUCUCUAGAGGUUGCUCAAGACCUCCAAAGGAGUGAUGCUCCUUUGUACCGACUAGAAGCCAUUGAUUUUGGACGAAGGAUGGCUGUUGAGAAAGAAUUUGAGAAAACAGAAACUGCACCACAGCCAAAUGCUGUUUUUGAUGAAAGUUCCAAUUUUCUCAUAUAUGCAACGCUACUGGGAAUAAAAGUAGUAAAUCUGCACACGAAUAAAGUGGCCCGAAUCCUAGGAAAAGUGGAGAACAACGACAGGUUCUUGCGAAUUGCCUUGUAUCAAGGAGACCGAAGCAAUAAAAAAGUUCGAAAAAUUCCAACUGCAGCAGCAAAUGCAAAUGAGAGCAAAGAGCCAUUAACUGACCCUACUCUUUUAUGCUGUGCAUUCAAGAAGCACAGGAUUUAUUUAUUCAGCCGGAGAGAGCCAGAAGAGCCCGAGGAUGCAACUAAAGGUAGGGAUGUUUUCAAUGAGAAGCCUCCAGCAGAUGAACUCUUGGCCGUUUCAGAAUUAGGAAAGGCCGCAGCAUCAUCUCUCCCUGAGAAUGUGAUUAUGCACACUACAAUGGGUGACGUUCAUAUGAGACUCUACCCUGAGGAGUGUCCGAAAACCGUGGAGAACUUCACAACACACUGCCGGAACGGUUAUUACGAUAAUCUGAUAUUCCAUCGUGUCAUCAAAGGGUUCAUGAUACAGACUGGAGAUCCUUUGGGAGAUGGCACUGGUGGGCAGUCCAUUUGGGGAAGGGAGUUCGAGGAUGAAUUUCACAAAAGCCUACGGCACGAUAGGCCUUUCACAGUAUCUAUGGCCAAUGCCGGGCCAAACACCAAUGGUUCUCAGUUCUUCAUCACCACUGUAGCCACACCGUGGCUGGAUAGUAAACAUACUGUAUUCGGCAGAGUUGUUAAAGGAAUGGAUGUAGUCCAGGGCAUUGAGAAGGUGAAGACUGACAAGGGCGACAGGCCAUACCAAGAUGUGAAAAUUUUGAGUGUUACUAUCCCAAAGAAUUAACAGCACCCCCCGUAACAGGAGACCACCUCUUGAGAAGUGGUGUACGAUUUUGCCGAGAAUCUUGUGUCUCAAGUAAGUGGGUCAAAUGUAAAGACAACUUCCAUAUUGCUCGUCCUUUCGAGCGUGGUCUGUAGGACUUCAUUCAUAGUUUCAGCCUUUCAGGGAAAGUGUCUAGCUGCUAGCAAGUUUCUGAAGAUUGCAGCAUUGAAGCUUUCAUGUCAGUGUUCAAGCGAGACGCGCGCGACUAAUCGCAUGAUAGUUGCUCCGAUGCUGUACCCACCCACCGUCUGAUACGCAUCUUCGUGGAGCCGGGCUCAAGAUGCAUCGUCUUGAGUGUUCAAAACCUUCUCCUAUUUUGGUUUGAGAUGUAACCUUUACUCUUACACCAGUAUCGUUAUCGGACCAGUACCGUAGAAUUCCUCCAGAAAGCUUUGUCUCUGUCUAAUCAGUAAUCACUAAUGAGUUCAAACCAUAAUUGCUUGAUAUAUAAGUCUUAACAGAUUUCUUUAGAUUAUCCAUGAUUAAGUAAUUAAACUCCCAUUACUACUAAAUAACACCUCAAAAGUACUGGAAUCUAUACUAUACUUAAUACAGAUUCAUGGGUCAGAAUUUCCCCAUUUUGAAUUUGCAGCCUCGGGAGUGAUUCACGGAAGGGUUUAUAUGUCAUUUUGCAACAUAAUAAAUGAUGUUGUGCGUU